AUGGCGGAAGGCGUGCUGCCUGACCCAGCACGGCCAGACCAUUUGCAGAAUGCCACCAAGUUGGUCGGCACAUGUAUGGACAUGUGCCCGGAGUAUGAGCGUCUCGAGCGCGAAGUGCAAAAGGAACUAGAUCGAUUUGAAAUGGCUCCAGGGACAACAUCAGCGGACCCGCGCUUGGCCGUCAAGAUCUACAGGCGUCCAGCCGCUGGACGUGAAUUACCGCUGCCAGAGGAUGUGCGACCGCCAGCCGUAUUGCAACGCACGCUGGACUACUUGAUCAACGAGCUGCUGCCUUCAGAUCCACGCGAUACACACUUUGCAGCGGUCCAGCCAUUUAUGUGGAACACGACCCGUGCGAUCCGUCAGGACUUUAUUGUGCAGGGCGACCGUGGCUCCAUUGCUAUUGCGUGUCACGAGCGAAUUGCUCGAUACCACAUACUAUGUCUCCACUGGAAAGGUGGCGAAGGAGCUGAGGCUUGGAGUGAGCAGCAAGAGCUCGAGCAACUGCGCAAGACUCUUCGCAGCCUGAUGGAGUACUAUGAUGAUCAGCGUGCCGUGGGACAAACGUAUGAGAACGAGCCAGAGUUUCGUGCAUACAAUCUGCUUCUGCAUGCACGCGAUCCUGAAGCUUUGCGUGAAGUGGAAUUGCUCCCCACACCUGUAUUUCUUGCCGAACCACUGCAGUGGGCGCUUGAAUUUCGCUCCUGCAUUCAGCGCUCGAACCUGCUGGAGAAGCGUGGCACGCCUGGCAAUACGGAAGCGACGCCGAAUUUCUUUACACGUGCUUUCCGCUCCGUAGCUCUCCCACAAGUCAGCUACCUGAUGGCAUGCUUGGCAGAAAACCUCUUUACAGGUAUUCGCAUCGGAGCCAUCAAGGCACUGGCUCGUGCCUACUUGCCCCAGCACCAUGGCCUGCCUAUCAAGUUUUUGACCCGGAUCCUUGGCAUGGACCGUGACGCAGACACAACGAGACUAUUGCGCAUGUUGAAUGUGGAAGUCUAUGAAGCUGAGGCUGUGGCAAAGGUGAAUCGGGCGCUUGUCUUGGAUGAGGACAAGUCGUUCGCGUCGCCCUUCAGCCAUACGCUAGUCGAAACAAAGCGUGGUAUGGCUACGUGCCAGGCUAUCAUUGAUGGAAAGCAGGCUCUGUCGCAACCGCCGCAGCCGCCACCGCCGCCGCCGGUCCAGCUGCCUUCCGCCAACCUUAACAGCCUACACUCAUUUGCAUCAACGUCAGCUGCCCCACCACCAAAAGCAGCUGCUACGCUUGGAGCAGGCACACCAACGAGCUUGUCGAUGUUUUCGAUGCCUACACCAAAAGGAGCCACAGUGGCAGCUGGCGCGUCACCGAGUAUAUCCGACGGGCCCAAACCGCUCUUCUCGACGACGUCCGUCCCCUCGCUGACCACACCCCAACGACGUGUCUUUCCACCCACAAGCACGCCAGCUCCCUCCUUUACCUUCACAUCACCGAGCAUGCCUACCAUGAGUGCCCCGCCGGCUACACCGACACCGGAACAAGCCAUGUCGUCGUCAGCAGUGUUGUCCAGCAGCACGCGUCCAGAUAGCGACAUUCGCGUACCUUCUAUACCCACAUCCGGUGGCGCUCCCCCUGAGCAACGACACGCAUCAGCCUCAAUUCCUCAUGAGCCUCAGAAGUCGACGUCUCUAUCACCACAGCCGCAGCCAGCGCCGCCCAAGCCACGACGAGCAGUGCUGCCGCAAGCGCAGCUUAUCGAACGUCUAACCAAAAGCGCAUGCGACAAGGCCAUGCGCACUGCCGUGCAAGAAGUAGCGCACUCGGCGCUGACGGCUGAAUGCACCCGGCGAAGACAGCUGAUGCGUGCGUCGCUGCUGGAUACAGUGAGCACACGGCUCUGGCAGCGUCUACAGGCGCAGCCUGUGGCCUCGCAGCUCCGUGCUGCAUCGAUGGAUGCAGUUGCUCGUGUGCAUCGAGAGCGUACGAUGCUGCACACGGCAUGGAUUCAUUGGCGAGCGAUCUAUGCGAAGGUCAUAGAGCGAAAAUCGCAUGCACAACGACUCAUGUACCUCCGCUCACAGCUGCCACAGCGAGUGCGAGAACCUAGCGCCAUCGAAGGCUCUAUGACCUCAAGCACGUAUGCACAGCGGCUCUCUGAUACGGAGCGCCAGGCUGCGUUUUCAAAGGCGCUGGACAGGAGUUCGCGACUCUGGGAGUGUGGGAGCAUGUCGAGUGCGAUCGUCGAACGAGUGGAAUGGCUCUGUGACGAAUCGCAUGAAUGCCCCGCCUCAUGGACUGCUGCCAUCUAUGCGCAUUCGGAAAGUGCCAGCUCAAGAUGGCUGCGGCACAAAUUGGCGCUGGAUCACCAUGCACAGAACGAAUACGUUCUACAGAACGGUCGCACCGUCGUGCGAAUUCUCGAUGGACACCUUGUGCAUGUGCACUCACCUCAACUGGUGAUGGCCAACGGGUUUGAUCAGGUGCCGUCUGCCACUGAGCCUGGCGCAGCACUAAUAGUGAUAGCUUGGAGUCAGGUCGAGGCACAGGCGAUUCGCCGUACAUGCAAAUCAGCGUCUUGGACAUCGAUGCAGGUGCUUGUGCUGGAUCAGCCACAGAUAAGUCCUGAUACCCUAUUGGUCCAGGCACUCGAGACGGCCAUUCCCUCGCUUGUCACGACCAUGGAGCAAGAACCGGUCCUGCGGACGGCCAUUCAGCCGUUCUGGGAUGCAUGGUUGGAAACGUGUGAGGCUAUGGAAGAAUUGCUGCGUCACACAUCAACGUCGUGUGAGCUCGCAUACGAUGCCUUCUGCGCACUCACCUCGCUCGCAAAUGCUCUUCUUUGCAGUAUCCAAGCUGAUGCUAUCCAAGGCGAAUCGAGUUAUCUGCCAUAUCCGCCGAGACACAUGGGCACCAGUGUCUCCGAUACCCUACUGAUGCUUGCGAUACGCCAGCUCGAUAUGCUUGUGUGGAUCGACACCGGUGCACUUGCAUUACUACGUGCACGUGUCAUGGAACAUACCACAAGCGGUGUCUUUCAUGUUGCCCGAUACAUGCAGGCGCUCAUGAGUGUGGCCCUCACGUGGACAUGGGAUGCAUCAGCACACACGCCCAAGGCUCGUGCCGAUGACGUAGCACGCUUUCAGCAGAUGUCUUCCGAUGCUCUAACGUACGUGGCGUCACGUCUUCCGACCUCGACAUACCCCCGCCAGCUGGAAUCAGCUGACGCACAUACUUCGCUCAAACGUCCAUUGACUCCACCGCCGACGCAUGUGUCGAAGCGCAUACGAGAUGACGAGCCGAGCAUACGACUGCGCCAGCUCCUCGCGCAGUCCGCGACGCUUUUACGUACUCCUAGUGAGUAG